AUGUAUGAUUUAGCGGCAGUAUACUUUCCCAAGUCCAAAGAUAUAUACCAUAGUAUCAUUCCAGCCAAAAUGGCAGCCACGGAAAUCAACCUCAUCGACCUCGACACCGCAGCCAAAUCAAUCCCAGCCGACGUUCCCAUCGUCAUGAUCAAUCUCCUCAAAUUCCGAUCUCAAACAGUGUACCCAAAAGGAUCACCCGACACCAACGUCCCCGGAGAAGAAGCCUACCUGACACGUUACGUGGCCGGCAUUAGGGAAAUCACAGCGACAUGGGGCGAAGAGUCCGGAGCAGCCAUGAAGCCCCUGUGGCUUGGAAAGUUCCAAGCCAACAUGCUUGCAGGGCCGUUUGACGGGAACGAGGUCUGGGAUCGCGUGGGCAUCGUGUGGUACUCGAACUUCGCAGCGUUUCGAAAAUUGGCUGGGAGCGAAGAAUACGCCGCCGGGCCCUUGAAACAUCGUCACGCCGCGCUGGAGAAUUGGCGGCUUUUUGCGACGGUGCCUUGGGCAGGCCAGGCUUGA